AUGUGCCAGCGGCCAGAGCUGGGUCCCGGCCACUCCAGGAGGGGCCACGUGCCCAGGGAGAAGGGGGAACGUCUGGUGAACAGCUUGCCCAGCUCGGCCAUGUUUAGAUCCAGUCAGCAAACUACCGUCUGUGAGCCAAAUGGAGCUUGGCUGGCGCUGUAUGUGUGUGAGCACCUGCUGCACAUCGGUGCCCAGAAGUCAGCACAGGCCUUUCUGUCUGAGAUCUGAUGGGAGAAGAACAUCACGCUGGGGGAGCCCCCAGGUUUCCUGCAUUCCUGGUGGUGCGUGUUCUGGGACUUGUACUGCGCAGUGCCUGACCGCAGAGAGGCAUGUGAGCACUCAAGCGAGGCCAAGGCCUUCCAGGACUACAGCGCUGCCGCUGCCCCCAGCCCUGUGAUGGGGAGCAUAGCCCCCAGCGAUGCAAUGGCAGCUGGCCCCAUGGCACCUGGCUUCUUCCAGCCCUUCAUGUCACCGAGGUUCUCAGGGGGCCCCCGGCCCACCCUGCGGAUGCCGAGUCAGCCUCCUGUGGGCCUAUCUGGCUCCCUCCCGGGUGCCAUGGACCCCUCCCCGCGUGUUCAGGGGCAUCCGAGCAUGGGCCCGAUGCAGAGGGUGACUCCUCCACGGGGCAUGGCCAGCGUUGGGCCCCAGAGCUAUGGAAGUGGCAUGGGGCCCCCACCCAACUCCCUCGCUGGCCCAGGCCUGCCCACAAUGAACAUGGGCCCCGGAGUGCGUGGCCCAUGGGCCAGCCCCAGUGGCAACUCGAUCCCCUAUUCUGCCUCCUCCCCUGGCAGCUACACGGGACCUACAGGAGGUGGUGGGCCCCCUGGCACACCCAUCAUGCCCAGCCCUGGAGACUCCACCAACUCCAGCGAGAACAUGUACACCAUCAUGAACCCCAUGGGGCCAGGCGCUGGCAGGGCUAACUUCCCACUGGGCCCAGGCCCGGAGGGCCCUAUGGCAGCCAUGAGCACGCUGGAACCUCACCACGUGAACGGAUCUCUGGGCUCAGGCGACAUGGACGGGUUGCCGAAGAGCUCCACUGGCGCCGUGGCCGGCCUGAGCACUGCCCCCGGCACCCCGCGGGAUGACGGCGAGAUGGCGGCCACCGGGACUUUCCUGCACCCAUUCCCGAGCGAAAGUUACUCGCCUGGGAUGACCAUGAGCGUGUGAUGGGGCAGCAGCCCCUUGCCCAGUGCUGGCCGCCUCCUCUGCCCAGAGCCCCUGCCAAGGGC